AUGCAGCCUACACGGCGGGGCCGCUUGUCCGUGGCAGGACCGAGCGCUCCUGCCCCCAACAUCAACCCUCAAGAGACCGUCACAAGCAGCCCCUCCAUCUCCGGGGAUCUCCGGCUGCUCCAUACGAUAGAUUGUGGAGACCAGCUUCUUUGCUGCCAGUUCAAUAAUGAAGGGACACGGGUUGCGGCAGGACUACGCACUGGUGCCAUUAAGGUUUUCUCUGUCAACGAUGGGUCACUUCAUCAAGUUCUUGCUGACAGCGAGACUGCAGCCCUUGGGUUACCUGUCACCUCCCUGCACUUUAUGCCUCGUGGGCCUGCUCACAACGGGGAUGUCUUGCUUGCCACCUAUUCCGGGGGGAAAGUGAAACUGUGGCAUGUUCCCUCCCGCACCUGUGUGAGAACCAUACUGGAGGACCGCCAGACAAUGAUUGCCUCUUUCAACCCUUCUGGCUCCAAGUUCGUCACAGGUGGAGUAGGACCCGGGAUUUACAUGUAUGAUGCUCAGACCUGGGCGAAAAUCCAGACUUUUAGCCCAAGCUAUUCCCCCAAUGUGAUGGAUGGGCACAUGUCACGGGUCUAUGCCCUGACCUUCUUCCCAGAAAAUGAUGAACGAUUUAUCUCUGGAGGAUGGGAUGACACAGUGCAGUUCUGGAGCACGCAGUCAACAAAUUCCUUACGGCGCCUCUCUGGGCCUCACAUCUGUGGUGACGCCGUCUCGAUAGACAAAACCGGGACACAUAUCCUGACAGGCUCCUGGAGGAGGAACAACACCUUGCAGAUCUGGGAAGCUGAAACUGGCUCCAAGAUCAUGGACAUCCCAGAAGACUUCAGGGGCAACUCACAGAUUUAUACCUGCCACUUCCUCGGUGUUGACCAUAUCGUAGCUGGUGGGAGCCGGAAUAACUUAUGUCGGCUCAUUGACAGGAGAAUCCUCAUGAGCACGGGGGUCCUGAAUGACCUGCCUGGAGGUGUCUACAGUACCCAUGUCAGCCCCCGUGGGGUCCUAGCUGCUACUUCCAACAAUAAUUUGUACCUCGCACAGACUCCAGUGAGACCUUGA